AAAUAUUUUUGUGGCGCACCUACGUAGCUAUCAAGUUAGAAGGUGGUGCCACUUCUUUCAGUGACUUUCCUGACAGUAGAUAAGCAUGAAUACCCUGUUGGUUUUAUAGAAGCGCUAAAAAGACGAGGGAUAGAGAGAAUAAUGACACAAAAUCAUGUGUCAGGGAUGGAGACAUCCGCCAUCUCCGUCCUGAAGCGGGCAGUGGAGCUCGACCACAGCGACCGCUUCCAGGAGUCUCUUGUCUGCUACCAGGAAGGCAUCCAGCUGCUUAUAGACGCGAUGAAAGCUGUGAAAGAGGACUCAAAGAGAGGCCACUACAGAGAGAAGAUAAAGAGCUACAUGGACAGAGCAGAGCAAAUCAAAGCUCAUGUGAACCAGAUGAAAGAAGAUGGGAAAUACCAUGAGGAGAUAAGAAUAGCAGAGGAUGCGACUGGUUACAGCUACGAGUCUCUGUUCAAGCCAUACAUGAGCAGUUUACUCACAGAGGUCUGGGUACAAGACCCAUACAUACGGCACACCCACCAAUUGUACAACUUCCUGCGGUACUGUGAGAUGCUGCUGAAAGCGCCCUGCAAGGUGAAAAAGAUCCAUCUCCUCACUUCACAGGAUGAAGCGGAUAGUGGCCAGCAGAGCAGCGCUCUGGCUGAGCUGAAAGAGAGUCUGAGUGCUCAGGGAGUGACUCUGGAUCUGCAGUACUCCUCCACUAUACAUGACAGGGAGAUCAGGUUUGACAAUGGUUGGAUCAUCAAAAUAGGAAGAGGGCUGGAUUACUUCAAGAGACCUAAGGGCCGAUUCUCUAUUGGAUAUUGUGACUAUGACCUCAGGCAGUGCCAAGAGACCAACGUAGACAUUUUUCACACCAAACACACAAAAACACUAUGAGAUUCAUAAAGCUUGAAUCUUAAUGUACUUACCUGCCCUCAAAACGCACAGACACCACUGCUGUGUUGUUGGAUUUGCCUUAACAUACAGGUUCAUGUUGAUCGGCCUUAUACCAACUGUGUAACAAACAAUUUUUAUCAAGUUUUACAAUGUGCUUUUUGUCACACUGGUCUUUAAUUCUAACAAACUGUAUAAUUUUGUAUGGUUUCUUCAGUCUUGUCUGUAGUCAAACUGUGACAAAGAAUAAUUUUGGGUUCUUUUCUAUGACUUUUCUUUUUAAACUUUUCUAUUAUUUGCUUUUUAGGAUGCCAUACCGCCAUCUGGUGGAAAAAUAAAUUAAAACAUUCAAAAAUUAUAAUUAAAGUUUAUAAUAUAACA